GAGACUUACUGGCCUCUGGCGAGGUUGGACAUUUCGUGCCAACGAGGAAGAGGCAGGAGGGUUUUGAUGGAGACGUGAGUCCAGCAGCGACUCGUUCGUGGGUGGACCUCGAGAGGAACUGGGGAGAAGGAGGAAGUGAGAGAGAAUCCGAACGACGAGGACGGGGUUCUCAUCGAGAAUUGCUCGCGCAAAGUAGGCAAAAUAGAUAUAAUGGCGAGCGCGGAAAAGAAGAAGAAGAAGAGAGACAAGGGAGAGAAAAACGGGGUGGAGGAGGAUGGGGCCAUCGUGACUGCAGGUGCAGCUGGUCUUGAUCAAGCGAGUAUCGAUUUCUUGAUCAAGCCCCAGAGUUCGACCCCUGCAUUGGACACCUCGCAAUGGCCGAUUUUGCUCAAGAAUUACGACAAGCUCAACAUUCGAACUGGACACUAUACCCCCAUUCCCACCGGGCAUUCUCCGUUGAAACGGCCUCUGUUCGAUUACGUACGGUACGGUGUGAUCAAUCUGGAUAAGCCCGCCAACCCUUCUUCCCACGAGGUCGUCGCGUGGAUUAGGAGAAUAUUGAGGGUCGACAAGACCGGACACAGUGGUACUUUGGAUCCGAAGGUCACAGGUAGUCUAAUCGUUUGUGUAGACAGGGCAACUCGGCUCGUGAAAGCUCAACAAGGAGCUGGGAAGGAGUACGUUUGUGUAGCUCGCCUUCACUCCGCAGUCGACAAUGUUGCCAAGGUCGCUCGAGCUAUCGAAACCCUGACCGGUGCUUUGUUCCAAAGACCUCCUCUGAUUUCUGCCGUGAAGAGGCAGCUCAGGAUUAGGACAAUCUACCAAAGUAAGUUGCUGGAAUAUGACGCCGAGCGCCACUUGGUGGUGUUUUGGGUUUCCUGCGAGGCGGGAACUUACAUUAGAACUUUGUGUGUUCACUUGGGAUUGCUUCUAGGAGUCGGGGGCCAUAUGCAGGAGCUGAGGCGUGUGAGGUCAGGUAUUCUGGGAGAGAAGGAUAAUCUGGUAACGAUGCAUGACGUUUUGGAUGCUCAAUGGCAAUUCGAUCACAACCAGGACGAAGCUUAUCUCAGACGAGUUAUUAUGCCCCUGGAGGUUCUGCUGACAAGCUACAAAAGGCUGGUCGUGAAGGACAGUGCUGUCAAUGCCAUCUGCUACGGAGCCAAGCUGAUGAUUCCAGGUCUCUUACGAUUUGAGAACGGAAUUGAAAACGGCGAGGAGGUUGUGCUCAUGACGACCAAGGGCGAGGCAAUCGCAUUGGGUGUCGCUCAGAUGACCACCGCCGUAAUGGCCACCUGCGACCACGGAGUCGUUGCCAAGGUCAAGAGAGUCGUCAUGGAGAGGGACACAUAUCCCAGGAAAUGGGGUUUGGGACCUCGCGCAUCCACGAAGAAGAAAUUGAUCGCCGAUGGGUUGCUGGACAAGAAUGGCAGACCCAACGAGAAAACCCCCGCAGAGUGGCUGAGGAACAUCCCUGAGCUCGAAACCAUCACCGUCGCGGCGGGCGAGGACACAGCGAUCGCGAGGGCGGCAGCCGUGGAAGAGCCUUCGACGGCGAAGCCGAAGAAAGAGGUGAAGGUGAAAGAAGAGCCUGAAGAAGCGCGAGCCGGAGAGAAGAGGAAAGUGUCGGCCGACGUCGCGACCCCAGAGCCCGCCGCGAAGAAGAAGAAGCAAAAGACGGAAGACGCCGAAGAGGUCACGGAGGCGGUGAUGGAGACGACGACCCCGAAGAGCGAGAAGAAGAAAAAGAAGAAGGACAAGGAGCAGCACAAGGAGGAAGAGGAGGAGGAGAAUGGUGCGGACGAGCCCAAGUCCGAGAAGAAGAAGAAGAAGAAGGAUAAAUCCGCCGAUUUGACGGAGGAAUUGACGGAGACACCGAAGAGUGAGAAGAAGAAGAAGAAAGAUAAAUCCGCGGGUGCGGAGGAGACGGCUGCUGAGGCCGAGGCGCCGAAGAGCGAGAAGAAGAAGAAGAAGAAGAAAGACGAGGAGUUAUAGGCCUCCUCGUUCGGAGGAGUCGGCCCGAUUGGAACAUACGUUUGAAGCAUCGCCCUUCUUGUGGAACUCAAUGCACCAGUUGCAAGUGCGAGGGACCUGCAUAGUUAUGUGGAUGCGCAGGAGGGGAGUGCUCCCUAACUUUGUACCGUUUUACUUUCGUUUACUGAAUACACCCAAUUCUAGAGGGAUUUCGUAGGCGAAAAAGAUUAGGACAUGUCGAUUGUUAUGACAUCGCCAGUUGUCCAGCUCCAUGGUCCUUGAGAGGUAACUGACCCCAAGUCUCAGUGAGCUGCAAUAUCUCGCCGGCAGCACCCUCUCCAAUUUUGCAGUGUUGAUUACUUGUACACAACCAAGAAGAAAAGUGUAGUCUGUAUGCCGUCUGUCGUUUCGCACAGAUGUGCUGCUGUUUUAGUUUGAAGCAUUUAUCCAUGCUCAAAACUGUAUAAAGAGUAGGUGAUUUGUGCACGACUAUGCGUUCGACUGAUCGUUCACCAA